AUGACAAUAAUCAACUCAAUUUCUUCAUUAGGAAAAAUCUCAAAUAAAAAUAAAAUCCAAACAAAUUUGUUAAAUAGCAAAAACUAUUCAAAUAAUUCUCCAAAUAAUAUUCAAGGAUCAAAUGAAAACACAGGAAUAGUUUCAGGUGUACUAAUAAUAGUUGGUGGACUUGCUAUUGUUCUUGGUUUAGUUACUUCUUCAACAGGAUUGUAA